AUGCGCAGUGUGCUGGCAGCCGGGCGCGCGUGCGCACUCACCUGCUGGAUGCCCCCCCUCCAUUCGCGCUCCUCCCAGCCGGUACAUCCGGGUCACCGCACGCCCGCCCGCACGGCCGGUCCCCUGUGGUGCUUUGCGGCUCGCCCCCUCCCCCUCCUCCCCCCUCCCCUCAGUGCGGGCGGCUCCGGCGCUGUCGCCAUCCGCCCCUGCCCUGCGCGGGGUCCGCCCGGCCCGGCCCAGGGAGGCGGCGGCUCCGGCUCCGUCCGCAUCGCCGGGCGGCUCGAUUCUGAAGACAAGCUGCUGCAUCGGUAACCUGGGGAAGAGGAGUUCUCUGUUAAGACUGCAAGAAGAUACUACCAACUGAGUGGAGGCCAAGAACAGAGUGCAGCACUGGCUGUAGCUCUUAGGAGAGCUCAUCGUGAUGCUACAUCAGAAAAACAGUCCCUCAAGCCUACUGUCUUGCCUCUUUGGAGUUGUGAGUCAAGGAUUGGGGCAGGCAUACGGUUUGCUGGCAUGGGUAAUCUCAUUAAGGUGCUAACCAGGGACAUAGACCACAAUGCAGCACAUUUUUUCUUGGAUUUUGAAAAUGCCCAACCUACAGAAUCUGAAAAGGAAAUUUAUAAUCAGGUGAAUGUAGUGUUAAAGGAUGCAGAAGGAAUACUGGAAGACUUGCAGUCAUAUAGAGGAGCUGGCCAUGAAAUACGAGAGGCAAUACAGCAUCCCAAUGAUGAGAAACUGCAAGAGAAGGCAUGGGGCGCAGUUGUUCCACUAGUAGGCAAACUAAAGAAAUUCUAUGAAUUUUCUCAAAGACUAGAGGCAGGAUUGAGAGGUCUGUUGGGAGCCCUGACAAGCACUCCAUAUUCACCAACACAACACCUGGAGCGAGAGCAGGCUCUUGCUAAACAGUUCGCAGAAAUUCUUCACUUUACCCUCCGAUUUGAUGAGCUCAAGAUGACAAAUCCUGCUAUACAGAAUGACUUCAGCUACUACAGAAGAACUCUGAGCCGUAUGAGGAUUAAUAAUGUCCCAGCAGAAGGAGAAAAUGAAGUAAAUAACGAGUUGGCAAACAGAAUGUCUUUAUUUUAUGCUGAAGCAACGCCAAUGUUGAAAACCUUAAGUGAUGCUACAACAAAAUUUGUGUCAGAGAAUAAAAAUUUACCAAUAGAGAAUACUACAGAUUGUUUAAGCACCAUGGCCAGUGUGUGUAGGGUCAUGCUGGAAACCCCUGAAUAUAGAAGCAGGUUUACAAAUGAGGAAACAGUAUCAUUCUGUCUGAGAGUAAUGGUGGGUGUCAUCAUACUCUAUGACCACGUGCAUCCGGUGGGCGCUUUUGCCAAAACUUCUAAAAUUGAUAUGAAAGGAUGCAUCAAAGUUCUUAAAGACCAGCCUCCUAACAGUGUAGAAGGCCUUCUAAAUGCUCUCAGGUACACAACAAAGCAUUUGAAUGAUGAGACUACCUCCAAGCAAAUUAAAUCCAUGUUGCAAUAACAAUUACCUGGAACUCGCACCUGCUGUAGACAGACAGUAUUCUGCAAUGACUGAGAUGCACAGAUUUUUUUUUAGUGAUUGCAACUACUAUCUCAUUCAUUCUUGCUUUGUAUUUUUUUUUCUCUCUUCCUGUUUUCCUUUUUUUUUUUUUUUAAAUCACUUUCUUGUUCUUAAGUAAGCUCAGACUUCUUUUCUGUGCCAAAUCAAAAAUUACAAUUCUGGAAAGUUUCUACAUUUCAGAAUAGCCAUCCUAAGUGGCAGCUAAUUAUGCGUUGUAUUUGGAUUUCUCUGUACUGGGGAAAGAUUUGUGACUUGAACUAAAUAUUUUUAAACUUGUGGUUUUUUCUUUUUUUGAAAAACUAAUAUUUAAUAUUGCUUCUUCUGCAUGGCAAGACUGCCUACUUCUGCUAUUUAAAAAUCCCUUGAUGACUUCAUUUUCUAUUGCAGCUUAUUUUCAUGUUGAACCAUGAGGAAACUAAAAGCAGAUUUGUUUAAAUUAACUGUGUUUGUACAAAAUGGUACCCAACACAAAGGUUUUUUUAAAUGAGUAAAAACAGUUUUGUUUAAAAGUUACGUUUGCAUUUUGACUCAUUUUUGUAAGGAUGUAUGUUGUAUGUUUAACCUUUAAUAACUAACGUUAAACUGUGGUGUGUGCGUAGCAAAAUUACGUAUGCAUGUUCAUGUCAAAUGAUUGGCUGUGGAUAAGAUAAUAAAAUCAGCUUUCAUUUUUCUAA